CAAAAGGAAUCAACUCGUCGUACCACCCAUUUUACCAAUAGCUAUUUAAAUCUGGUCAGUUUCAUCUAUCGCUUCUUCUGAAGCCGUUCGAAACGAAGAAAUUUUUGAAGAUGCUGAAAAAGCAAUUAAAGAUCUGAUGAAAUGGGAUCGAAAAUCCCAUUAUGAUCACGGAUCCUUUUGAAAUUCAUACUUACUGACGACCUUUUCUGACCGAAAGCGCAAAUAAAGUAGAAGAUGAAUUUCAUCAAGAAAAAAUUAAAAGGUCAUAAAAAAGAUGAUGAAGAAGAGGAAUAUGAAAAGGCUGUUUAUGAACAGUCUCUUCAUCCUCAGAAUCAAGAUCAAAAAAUGAAAAAUACAGAAGAAUGGCAGUUUUUCCAACAAUUAUCAAUGAAAGUUCAAGAUACUGUGCAGAAAACCCAGACAACUUUAAAUAAGCUGAAAGAUACUAGACCUGAAGAUGGCUUAGAUGAGGAUAGAGAUUAUGAUGUAGAUAGUGACCUACUUUCUAAGGAAACUCCUCCCUACCCUGGAACAACUAAGGUAUUACGUGCUCCACCAAGGCCUCCACCACCAGCAGGAGAUAAACCUUCUAUGCCUGUUGACUUAGAUUUUGGAUCGGAUUUUUCCCAGAGCUCAAUCUCAAAAGGCCCACCAAGGCCUCCUCCACCAGGAUCUUCUGAAACAUUUACUUCGGAUUCAAGUGCCUUGCAUGGGACACCAAGUAAAAGCUACGGAUCUCCUGCACGACCUCCUCCACCUAACAUUGGGAAAACAGAACCAUUAGCUACAGAUUCAACCUUUCCUGGUUCAAACCAAAUGCAAAACAAUGCAUCAUUUUCAUUGUUAGAUGAAUUUGGAUUCAAAAGCGAACCAGUUACAACAACCAAUACAAAUGUGCAAGAUCUGUUAUUCCUGGAUGAUAAAGAAGAUGUUGAUCCCUUUGACACCUCAUUUGUUGAUGUAAGGAAUAUAGCUCCUCUUUCUGCAUCUUCAGAGAAAAAUGAGAAUGCAACCCAAGAAAAAGUUUCAGAAAAGAGCUUUAAUCCAUUUUGUAGCUCUGUCCCCUCUGAUGAAUGGAUGACCGGUUCUCCUAAUCAUUCUGACCAAACCAAAAAGACUGCUACAAAUCCUUUUUUCUCUGGAAUUUUGGAGGAUGUAAAACCAGUUAGUCAAGAAAAUGUUCAACCAAGCUCUUCUCACAAUCCGUUUAGUUUCAAUGAGCCAGUUUCCAAUAAUAAUGAUAAAGAUGAUUUCUUUGGACUAACUAUUGAACAGUCAUCUAGUAAAGAUAAAUUGGCAGAAAGCUUUUUUCAAAAAAGUGACUCGCGAAAGGGUUCAGCUGAGUUUGAAAAUAGUAAAAAUUUUGUCAAUUCUGCUUUCAAUAUCAGUGAAACAUUAGAAGCUGAGAAAAUUGCAGAUAGUGUAUCUGAAAGUCAGACUACAAUUUCUGAUUCAACUCAACGUAAAAGCAUUCCUAAUGAAGUAGAUAUGUGGAAUUCUGGUAAAACAGAUCCUGUUCAACGCAAAAGCAUUCCUAAUGAAGUAGAUAUGUGGAAUUCAAGUAAAACAGAUUCGGUUCAACGUAAAAGCAUUCCUAAUGAUUCUGAUAUGUGGGAUUCAGGUAAGGCAGAAUCUGUUCAGCCUAAAAGCAUUCCUAAUGAUUUAUGGGAUUCAAAUAAAACUGAUUCAGUUCAACGUAAAAGCAUUCCUAAUGAAAUAGAUAUAUGGGAUUCAGAUAAAAAAGAAGAUUCUUCAAUUUUGAAACCUGAUCAGCCAUCAAAAGUUAUUGAAACCUCCGAAACUUCUUUAGUAUGGAGUUCCAGUGCGGUAACAGAUGUCUUGCAACCUGAGAAAUCUGCUUCUAAAGAAGAACCUGCAACAGCUUUUGAAAGUGAAGUAGAAAGUAAAACUACUGGAGAUUUAGAUUUCUUUGGAACAAAUAAUGCAGCAGCCACUGAAUCUUUUUCGAAUUUAGAUAGGCCCUUGGAUAAUAAGUCUUACGAAAUAUUACAGCCAGAAACAUCAAAUAACUUGACCAGUUUUGCAUCUUCAAAAGAAAAUGAAACAGAAGGGACAAAAUCCGAUGCAAUAUCUUCUUCCUCAUUAAAAGAACAAUCUCAGGAUAAAAUGGCAGAGUAUUCUGAUACUUUUGAUGGAAAAUAUGCAAAAGCUGAAUCUGCUACUAAAGAAGAUAUACAAACAACUUUUGCUGAAGAUUUCUCUAAACCAUUUGAUGAAGAGAAUGAACAAAAUGCAUUUUUAUUUAAAGUUAAACCAACUGAUCAAAAGCAAGAUUUAGAAUUUGAUGCUUUUGCUGCAAAGUUUGAAAAUGCAAAAGAUAGUCAAAGUUCUGAUGCAUUUGAUCCAUUUAUGUCUAAAAAGGCUCCUACAUUGAAAAAAAUCAAAGAAAAUUAUAAAGGUUUUGAUAGUAUGGAUGAAUUUGAUCCUUUUAGAGUAACAAGUAAAGUUGAAGAUUCCAGAAGUAUGAUGAAAAAGGAACCAUCUCGUGAUUCUUUUGAAGAUUAUGAUAAUGAAGUAGAUUUUUCAGUGGUUAUUAAACCAAAAGUUAAAGAUAGCAGUGAGGUACAGCCAUCUUUGAUGGAACCUCCAAAGUUAUUACCUCCACCUAAAACUCCCACUAAAGCUUUUGAAACGCCUGCUUCUCGUUUUAAUCCAUUUGAUAAGGACUUUUUAGAUAAUACGGAGAUUUCAAAAGCAACAGAAAAAACUUUUGAAACAGUCGAAGUUGAGGAUGAACCUGUACCUGCUCUUGGAGAAGCUGGAGUUAGAAAAGCUGAUUCUGUAGAAACACCUCUUUCUCCUCUUUUUGAUGAGGAUACUUCCCAACCUUUGGAAGUUUUCCCUAAGCCGUAUGAUAGAGAUGGAUGGGAUAUGGUUCUUAGACAACCUAAUAAAAAGAAACUUACUGGUAAUAGAUUUUGGAAGAAAAUAUUUGUUAAGCUAUCGGAAAAUAGUGUUUUGCAACUUUUUAACAAAGCAGAUGAUAAACUUCCUUUUCAAGAACUACCUUUACAGCCAUGCUAUUCAUUGUCAGAAAUUGGAGCUCAACAAUAUGAUCAGUACGGUAAAAUAUUUACUGUGAAAUUACAAUAUAAGUUUUACCGUGAAAGAGUUGGAGUUCGGCCAGGACAAAUAUCAAAAGUUACCCAGGGCCAAGUUACGUCCAUGGGAGAUGUUGCAAAACUUGGUUUACCUCUUCAACACUCUCCUCAGACAUCACAGCUUUUAAAACUUGGAUCACAUUCAUAUUCAGAUGUGAAAUAUUUUAUUCAGGAAGUUGAAGAUGCUCUCUUUCGAAUGAGUGUUCACAGAGAUCGAGUUCUAACUUAUAAAACUGAAGAAGUUCAAGUAAUAGCUCAAGAUGAAUUUUAUGUUGAACAAAGCAAAACUGGUCACAUUGAUAAACAGCUAGCUCGUGUCCGUAUUUUCUUUUUGGCAUUCAUCACUGGUAUGCCAUCUGUUGAAGUUGGUUUGAAUGAUAUUGUCCGACAAGGAAAAGAAGUUGUUGGGCGUUAUGAUAUCAUACCAGUGGUGACAGAAGAAUGGAUACGAUUAGAAGAUUGUGAAUUUCACUCCUGCGUUGUUCAAGACGAAUUUUACAAAAGUCGUGUCAUAAAAUUUCAUCCACCUGAUGCUUGUUUAUUUGAAUUACUGCGAUUUCGAAUUCGCCCACCAAAAAAUCGGGAGCUUCCUUUACAGGUUCGAGUUUUUAUGACUGUAAGCAACACUAGAGUUGAGAUUCGUUCUGAUAUAUUAGUCCCAGGAUAUAGCAGCAGAAAACAAGGUCAAGUUCCCUGUGAAAAUAUACAGAUUCGUUUUCCUAUACCUGAGUGUUGGAUCUACUUAUUUCGCACAGAGAAACAUUUCCGUUAUGGAUCCAAAAAAUCAACUGCCAGAAGACCAGGAAAAAUAAAGGGCUUGGAACGCAUCAUAGGAGCUGCUCAGAACCUUGAUCCCAGCCUCAUUGAAGUAUCUGCUGGUCAAGCAAAAUAUGAACAUGUCUUCCAUGCUGUGGUUUGGCGCAUUCCUCGUCUCCCAAAAGAAGGUCAAGGAGCAUAUACUCAACAGCUCUUCUUGCUUCGCACAGAAUUAACCUCAUUUGAUCAAAUACCCGAAUCAUUUGAACAAUUUGUUGAUGUUGAAUUCACUAUGCCUGCUACGUAUGUUUCUCAUACUACUGUACGUUCUGUUUCUGUAACCAAUCCUGUACCACCUGAAAAAUAUGUACGUUAUAUUUCCAAACAUGAAUACAAGGUUGAAAUAGACUUUAAGAACAGCUCUGAUGAAAUUGAGGGUUUGAUUUCAACACCUAGUGCAAGUGUUCCUGUCAGCACCACACCAGCUGUACAGGAAAGUACAGAAGAUGAGGACAAAGAGGAUGAUAGUGAUUAAUUUCUUGCAGCUGAGAGCUUGUCUAUAACUUGUAACCUUCAAAAUAUCUGGUGUAAUCGAUAUAAUAUUCUUGUCAUGUGUAGUAUAUUUAUGUAAUAUAAUGGAUAAUUUAUUUAAAAGUGGUCUUCAGUGUUGUAUCGAAAAGGCUUUAUUGAAUUGUUAAAUUGGUUAUGUAGUAAGUGUGACACAGUUAAAAACAAAAAUGCAGAAGUUACGUUUGCUGUGUACAUUGAACUGUUCCUUAAAAAUGUAUUUCUUAGUUGGAUUGUAGUAAUGUCUUUAUAUGGUGCUUGUACCAAGCUCUCUCAAUGUUGUUACUGGGAUUAGUUGGUGAAAAUGACAUAUGAUAUGGAAUCCCAAGUUAUUUCACUUCCAAAAACAUACUUUUAAUGAUAAUUUGAUGACAGAUUAAAUCAAUAAAUGUGUUAUUUACUUGCAGAACCCAUUUCAUGUUUGUACCUUUUGAGUUACUUCAAUGUACAUACUGAAGUUUAGAAAAUUAGUAGGAUAGACAUUUAUGCAAGAUAAUUUAAAUAACUCCAUACAUAUUCAUAGAUGUGAUAAAAUAUAAUGGCUUCGGAAACUAUAGAUUUCUCCCUCUUUGUGCUUUAUUAUUCUGAUUUCACCAAAAAAUAUAAAUUUUAAACUAAGAUUUAACCGGAAAAAAAAGGAAAAUUUUCUCAUGUUUGUUUUGAAAUAGAUAGUGUCCAGUAUAAGGCAGAAUUCAUUCAGUAUUAAAUGUAACAUUCAAAUUAAGUAGUAGUCGGAAGCAGUUAAAAACAAUGGAUAAAAUCCUUAUUUUUUUAAAAAUAAAAUUUAUUUCUAGAGCAUUAUGAGAUUCUUUCUUCCAGUAUUAAUUCCCAGUUCAGAAGUGAAAUUUUGAGACCUUUUAUAUUAAUAUGCAAUUUUGUGUACAUUCAAAGGCAAGCUGUUUUACAAAUGUAAUACUGAAAAUCCAUUUGUUUGAAUUGUUUGCAUUUGACAGACUUUUACUGGGCAAAUUCAUUUUUAAAUACAAAUUAUUAUGGAAAUCAUUAUUUUAUAAUUUUGUUAAAUAUUCUGAUUUUUUUGUCUAGUUGCCAGUUAUCUGGCUUACUCUUAGUUGUACAAAUUUUAUAAGUAAUUUGAUACUAAUAUUACUUUGAAUGUUGAAUAAUAGCAUAGAUAAAAAAUAACCAGUUUAUUUUAUAGUAAGAGGAGGGAGGGCGGUAAAAUUCUUUUUAAAAAGUACAUAAUACAUAAAUAUAGUUUUAGUUUUUAAUAAAUGCUCAUGAAUGUAUGCUAAAUGAUUUAUUUUUCAAGAAAAACUCGGCAGUCUCAAAUAUUUGGUUUUGGAUAACUUUUUUUAAUGUAGACAAGUAAAAUUUAAAUAAAUUAGGAAUUUUGAUUAACUAAAUAGAAUGUCAGCACACAAUUGACAGUAAUAUACAUUUGUUAAUCAAAAAUUAUAAAUUGCACAUUGAAUAAAUGAUUAAUGUUAGUGUUGGUAGCAAUGUGAAAUGUUAACAAAAUAUCAUUUGUGUAUUUAAUCAUAUUCAAUAUUAUAGAACUUAAAAGCAUUUAUUGAAUCUUUAGUCAAGUGUUUCAUUAUUUGUAUCCAUUUUGUAAAAAAACUUUUUUUCUAAAUAAGCAUUAAAAUAAUUAAUGCACAACUUAAUGGAUAUGGUAAUUAUUUAUUUGAUGGGCAUUUAGUGAUCAGGUUAUAUCAUUUUGAAAGAUUGUUUUGAUUUGUUACAAAAAUUCCACAGUCAAAUUAGAAAAUGUUACUAAAAUAUUUUUGUGAAUUUAAUUUUAUAAAAUUACUGGAAGUAUAUUAUAUCCAUUCUAAUUCAAUGUGAAGUGUUAUUUUUCCCUUUGUUUUUGUAUAAUCAUAAACAUUGGUUAUCCUGAAUUUGUUCAAAUUCACUUUUUAAAAAUGUGAUAUAUUA